ACGCAGAUAUUUACUCUCGAAGCUCUCAUAUGCGAUGCAUAUACCCAUCAUCUGACGUUGGAAGAUUUAAGUUAUUUUACCACCGCACGUCUAACGCCACUGUUUACUCAUUGGCUUGUCACGGAAAAAAACAUAUUCAAUAAACAUCGUUUUAUUGUUCAUUUAUUAUUUUUAGACCGCUUAUGUAAAUGAUGCAGUAGCAUUGGCCGUUUCAUGCGUGGCGGGAACAUGGUUUCCCUUUUGAAUCUAGUUUGAAAGGUUUGAAACAAUAUGUCAUCUGUAACUUAUGAUCAAUCUGUCAAUGAUUCCAAACGUUUGCACCUGACAUACUGUCAAUUAUUAUACCAUGCUUGAUGAACAGAAUACUAUCGAAAUGAUUUUUCUUAAAUGUAGAAACUUUUAUAGUAACAUUACUCCGACAAUAAUCAAAUACAGGCCUACAUCUCUGUACAAAGCCACUACGAGGGUGAUGUUUCUCAGUAAAUAUCAGUGAUUUAUGGUGUUUACUUAAAUCCAUCGUUUCCAAUUUUCUUUCGCUGUUCGCCACACGGAUGUUCAAGAUUGGUGUAAUAAAAGAAUGACAUUAUGGUACAAUUAGUUUAUGCAGAAGAGGGAUAGCGGUCCCCAGGCUAUGGAAAGUAUGGUUGAAGAAAACGGAUCAACCGUUGACCCACUAUCGCAGGGAUCUCAGGGUGGCGAUGCAGCACCAGCGAUAGCAACAUCGGUACAAUCUUUCAGUAGAUCCCAGCACCAUCUGGUGGCCUCGACCAGCAUUGUGCAACUGACGCUUCCCUUAUCAGGGACAACGCAGGUACAGUCUGUGAUACAACCCAACCAACAGUCAGUUAUCCAAACUGCUACAAAUAUACAACCUGUCGCGCUUUCAAAAGCAAACGUGAUCCUUGUGAGUAAACCCAACUCCGUGAUCCAAACUACGCAAGGUAGUCUACAGACUCUACAGGUAGAUAAUAGUUCUUCGCAACUUUUUGAAUUUGGAAAGGUAAAUUGCGGUCUGAUAUCAAAUGAUAUCCUUUUUUCUAAGGUUGUCGAAACUGGAAGUGAUGACAGCUUCUCAGAUGAAGAAUCUCCAAAGAAGAGGAGGGACAUUCUGACUAGACGACCAUCCUACAGAAAAAUCCUCAACGAUUUAGGCGGAGGUGAGAUUGCAGUCAUACCUGCAGGGACUAUUCAAAUUGCAACCCAGGGGGAGGGUGUUCCAGGGCUUCACACGCUAACUAUGAGCAAUGCGGCAACAGCGGGUGGAGCAAUAGUUCAGUAUGCACAGGGCCAGGACGCGCAAUUCUUUGUCCCAGCUUACACAGGCCAUGGGGUCGUGGUCGAAGAUGCAGCCAGAAAACGGGAACUCAGGCUUCUCAAAAAUAGAGAGGCAGCACGUGAAUGUAGAAGAAAAAAAAAGGAAUAUAUAAAGUGUUUAGAAAACCGGGUAGCCGUGUUGGAGAACAGAAAUCAAACGUUGAUUGACGAAUUAAAAUCAUUGAAAGAACUUUACCAGCAAAAAACUGACUGAGGUCCGUGCUUGGUGCUGGUGUAUUGUAUCAAAUCCACACUCACGGUUCGGUACAUUCAUCGUUCUUGUCGAUUGCUACAUAGCUUGUACACGAGAUGGGGAAUGAAAUGGUGAUGUACACGAAUUCGUAUAGAUAAGUGUUUCUGUAACAUAUUGUAUUUAUGUACUACUACGAGGAAGAAAAAGAAGGCUUGUGAAACUUGCUCUUACUAAAGCGAGAAGCCAAAGGUUUGCGAAUAAAGCAGACAAAACAUUGUAAGCAACGUCAAACAAACAAAAAAAAAAAAGAGAAGAUGACCCUAUUUUUUGUAUAAACAUAAUAUCAAAUGUCGUGUUAAGUUUUAUGAUCAUACCUGUUCGUGGCAUUGAGUUUAGUGCUCCAAGGCUAUUACAUGGAUGGUAUGUGGCCAUACCAAAUUGCAAAUGGUACCUUCUAAUAACAUUGACGAAAUGAUUUUGAACAAUGCAGAGAGUUACAAGAUUUUGGGUAUCAUUAAAAAUGAAUGAAUUUCGACUAAACGCCACUGUUGUGCAAUAACAAGUUUUUAUUCGAUAUCUGUAGAUUGAUUUAUUAUUUUAGCUACGAUAAAAAUUACUUUUUGGAUCCUAAAGCUAGUUACAUGGGUGUCUAGCUAUUGGAAAAUGAACUAUUGAACGUUUUUCUCAUAUUUUUUGUAUGAACGUUUAAUUUAGAUUUGCAUAUGAUGCAAGAGAACAGAUUUUAUGAUAGAAUCUAUAUACCCACUAUUAGUCCCAAAAGUUUUAGUACUCUCUAUUGAUCACAUUUUUGUUCAUUCAGUUAACCAUUGAAUGAGCUACAUUCAGGUAUCUUUAAAUAUGUCGCAUGAUGGAGUAUCAAUUACCGAUUUUGAUAAAAUAAUAAUCUGCUGGCAUUUGUUUGGAGCUUUUCUGCAUCCUAACUUCCUAGAUUUCUAGAUUUUCUUACGGGUAGCCAGAAUAUUGAAUCACACCCAAAAUGAGACCCUCGUGUAACAUCGGACAAUGAAUCCAAUGUGUUAUUUAAUUUUAUCCGAAUAGCCUUACAAUGCUCCGAGCUGGCUGCCACCCUUGUAUAUUAUAGAUGUAAUAUAAAUUUGGAGUGCCUUGCAGAUUGCAGUAUAUACAUAUAUAUAAAUAAAUACUAAUUAAAUGCUAUGUACGACCAUAGAUAUAUUGAAGCUCAAUAUAUCUGUGAUACGACGUAGAUAUGGGUAGAGAUAAUAUUUUCAAGUAUUAUUUAUUGCAGUAUGACCUAUAGCAUUAUUUUCCGAAUUUUUGAAGAAUAUCUUUCUCUGUCUUUAUUUAUCGCUUAUCGAUGUGUCUUGAAUCAAAUCACUUCCUGUAAUUCAUACAGAUUUAUAAGACUCGUCUAACUCACAAUAGUCGCAUGAACAUCAUUAUUUAGUCCGAGUAACACGAAAUGGAUUUCGUUGAAACACUUGUAAUCGCUCUUGAAAGAGUUCUGCAACGGUUUCAUCCAUUUUGAAUCUCACCGGAUACUACUCGUAUCUCACUUGUCUGUAUUCGUAUCUACCGUUAGUAUCAAGAGCUGUUUACUUUUGACACCAUAAUAUGUUCGUCUCAUGACGUAGAGUUUUAUAUUGUUUUUCGAUAAAUUCCAGGAUUAGUUCAUCACAAUGGAAAGUACAUUUGCUGUUUCCAUGAUUAUAUUAUUGAAUUUUAUAAUUAAAUUGAAAUCUCUUCUAUGGUAGAGAAUACGCAAAUUUGAAUCGUAUCCGUUGUUUCGUUUAAUAUCAUUUUUUUAUUCACAUUGACGAAUGAGUAAGAAUACUUUGUCCAAUUAUCCUGAAAGUGAUAGAUAAUCAGUUGUAUACUAUCAAUAUUAUAUUCAAGUGUUACCCGAGUUAGUAAAUGUGAGGUCAAUCUAGACAGAUCUGUUAAUUUUGUGUCGGCAAGAUCAAUCGUGCCCUUUUACAUCAAUAUUAAUCGGAAUAGUUCAUUCGCUUUUUAUAACGAUUGCGAUCGGAUCGUUGAACGGAUAUUAUUUAUGUUCGCGGCUGUUCAAAACAUCGAGGGUAUGUCUAUAUUGUUUAAAUUUUCGAUAUUGUGCUUGUAAUACAAAAAUAUAGUACUUACUGUGAGAAAUUAGGAAAAAAAAGAAAUGAAAGAAGAAAAAAAUAUAUAUUAUGUAUAAAUAAACCCUAAUUUAUUAUCGAUUGUAAUUUGUUUUAUUCGCUGGUAAAUUGGGUCUUUUUAUCUUUAUCCAUGAUGACCAAUUUUUUCUAAUUGAUGAAAAUUUGGGUAUCUCACGCUGUUGCAAAUAUGAAUAUAUGUAUGAUAUAUGUAUAUCUUGGUUGCUGCACUUAAUAUGAUAUGAUGAAGUAUUGUACAUAGAUAAUAUAUGUAUUUUUACAUAUCAUUGGCCUUCUUGAAGAAAUAUAGCUUGUAACUCUAUUGAUAA